CACGUUGCUCCGGUUUGGUCCGUGCGUGGGAGACUGGGUGGUGGUGGGGGGUUAACCCACAGUCAGUCCUGGGUAUCGUUUCGUGCUUAACUUUCUGUCAAACAUCAGCACAUGAAACUUGAUUAUUACAGGAGCCAAGUGUGGACUUUCUGCGCAGACAUGAACCCAGAUGUGGAUUACUCAGGCUCGGGGAGCAGCGGCAAUGGAAAGCUGCGCCAGUGGCUGAUCGAGCAGGUGGACUGUGGGAAAUAUCCCGGUCUGGUGUGGGAGAACGACGACAAAACCAUCUUUAGGAUACCGUGGAAACACGCCGGGAAACAGGACUACAACCGGGAUGAGGAUGCCGCGCUUUUCAAGGCCUGGGCGUUGUUUAAAGGCAAGUUUCGUGAAGGUAUUGACAAACCAGACCCACCGACCUGGAAGACGCGCCUCCGCUGUGCCUUAAACAAGAGCAAUGACUUUGAGGAACUGGUGGAGAGAAGCCAGCUGGACAUCUCAGACCCGUACAAAGUCUAUCGUAUCAUCCCUGAGGGGGCCAAGAAAAGACCCAGACAGGAGGACAGCCCUCUGAGUCCUAUGAGCUACCCAGUGCACUCCUCCUACCCCGCUCUGCAACCUCAGAUGCAGCAGUACAUCCCCUCUGAAUGUGGAUGGAGAGACUACUGCCAGGACCAGGCCUCUCUGCCGGAGCUGCCCUUCGCUCAGUGCCCUUGUCCUCCCCGCAGCCUGCCAUGGCCGGCCCCGCCCAUGGAGAACGGAUAUCAAAUCAGAGCCUCCAUUUACUCGUACGGUCCAGCUGACGGUCAACCAUCACCUUUCAGUUUGGACGCCGGUAUGAGGUCGGCGGAAGCACUGUCAGACCCCCGCCUCCAUGUGUCCGUAUAUUUCCGAGACACUCUGGUCAGGGAGGUGACCACCACCAGCCCAGAAGGGUGUCACAUGAAACCGUGCUCCCAAGAGGAGAAGCACUACCAGCCCCCAGGGGGUCCCGAACUGGUCCCCUUACCCGUGGAGACCCUCUCAGGCCAGCGGAGGUCAGACGAGUGUCCACCCAGUCCUCCGUCUGCCCUGGAGAGAGGGGUGUUGGUGUGGAUGGCCUCGGACGGACUGUACGCCCAAAGGCUGUGUCAGAGCAGAGUGUACUGGCAGGGAGGGCUGUCACCGUACGGAGACAAGUUCAACAAGCUGGAGAGGGAUGUCCCAUGUAAACUCCUGCACACACAGGACUACCUCACAGAGAUCCAGAGUUAUGGGCUCCACGGUCGGCCCCUGCCUCGUUUCCAGGUUCUGCUCAACUUUGGAGACGAAUGUUUGGACCCACAAAGACAAAGAAGGACCCUGACAGUCCAGGUGGAGCCGCUGAUCGCCCGGCAGCUCCUGUACUACGCCCAACAGACCAGCGGCCAUUACUUCCGUGGCUACGAGCACCCGGGGGUCACAGACCACAUAAACCCCCCUGAGGACUACCAGAGGGCUGUCACACACCACAGCAGCAGCCUGCAGGAGUGAAAUCAGCAGGCGAAUGUUAAUAAAACGCCUGGGCCUUCAAGUGACGACGCUUCACAAGGGAAACAAGGAGACAGAACGUGGACACUGUUGAACAUUGAAUCCCUAUGGACCUCUAUGACUGUUACCGGGUUUGUUACUGUGCUGAUGUGUGGCUCAGACCAGAGUUGCAGUGUUAUUUCCUUAUUUUCAGGGCACUGUGAAUAUUCUCCAUUCUGAUUAUGCAUGAACAAAACUGACAGCUUAGGUGAUUGUACUUGAAAAUAUAGUUUUUGUGCCUUUAGUAGAAUUCCUUCCUGUAUUUUUGUACAUAUUUUAGAUUUCUCGUGCUAGGAGACACUAUCACCAGCAUUUAGUAAAUUAUGAAUGAACCAUUGUCUGUGCCUGGCUGUGUGUGUGUCACAGAAACUCACUCAGGGAUCUGGUCCUAGAUAAGCUUUUUGAACCCCAUUUGUAACUUAGAUCAGCUACAGGAAGUGUUUUUAGCUCACCGGCCGAUAAGCCACGAGCCACUGUGAAGGCGCUCUGUCCGUCGUUGUCUUCGUCAUUGUCGACAUCACUGUCUUCGUCAUUGUCUUCAUUAGCAAUUUCUUCAAAUAUCUUCUCUGACAAAACUACCAGUCUGAUUCGUUUUAGAUUUUAUAUGUA